ACGUUCUCCUAUGACGUAACGGUUUUUUGUGCAGCGUUGCCACUGGCAUUCCCGCGUUUAUGUCGGGGCGAUCUUCUAACAUGAGAGAUCUUCCGAUAGAGAAGAUGAGAUAAGCUUGAUUUCAUUAUGACGACAAAACUAGAGCUUCAAGAGGAACUACGUAAGAAACAGUUCCAGUCACGUGUUCUGUAUGAGCGCAGACGAUCAAGUCUAGGUAGUGAAGCCAAGUACAACGCCGGAAAGAUUACAAGGGAACAAGAGAAAUUACGUAAACAGCACCAACGUCUAGAAAAUGCCAAACAACACAACAAAGAGCACUCAAUGCUUGCAAGGGACCGUAGACUGUCCCUUCCGGAUGAUAAUUUGUCAGGCGGACCACCACCAGCUUCUUCAACAAUUUUGAGGACAAAAAGUGUGCACACACCAGAUUAUUCAAAGACCAAGUCUAGAUUAUUCAAUUAUGAGAAAGAAGCGACACCACGUAGCAAACGACAAUUGAUGACAAGCGCUCAGGACAACCUAAUUGAGUCUCCAUUAUCACCUCAAGCAUCGGCCCACUCUCCGACACAUACUCCUUUACAGCCUCGGUCAAUUCCCCCAAUGUCUGCACUUGCAAUGGAAGCACGUAAAGCCAGCUCUAUAGAGAUUGUAAAGAAUGUUGCACGACUGCCACAGUGUAUUGACGGCAGUGAGAAACCUAGCAAAGAGCAAGAAAGGUCACCGUCUGACGUUAAAGAGCAAGAAAGGUCACCGUCUGACGUUAAAGUUAGUUUUAAAGAAGAUGACUUGUUUGGAAGAAAAGCAUCCCAAGGGCGUGUAAGGCGCGGUUCAAUGCCGGCUUCCCUUCCUAAACCUCUCAUUCAAAAGAGACGUGCUUCACUUCCAGUCCCUGACAUUGAAACUCCAAAACCUCCGUCACGAGCAAGGCGCCACUCUAUGCCAGCAAAUGCGUCCACAUUACCAAGAAUAUCUAUUGAUGAGGCUCCAAGUUUAGGCAAUAAUCAUGAUGAAGACGAGACACGGCUUGUAGCACUGUAUAAUAAGGCCAUACAGACUGUACAGUUAGCCGAUGAAUCUAUUUUGGCAGGAUGCUUACCAUUUCCAAACCAGCUUAAAGAACGGAGAUUUUCGCAUGGAUCUUCUUUCGAUAGAUCGUCUGGAUCCGGGUUUGAUCUUUCAACCCUGAAAGAACUUGAGUCAAUUCUCACUGACGCAAGAGUUUAUUCAAAAAGGAAAGGUUCUACUGAGGAAUACGGUUGUCUUGAUGUUGCACAGAAAAGAGCACAGAAAAAGCGUAUUGAGCAUCUUGAGCAAGUACUGAGAAAGUUAAAUCCGACGUAUGACACAAGUGUCGACAUUGAUCCUAUGAAAGUACUUCAAUGCAGUUACCUUCGAUUGUCCAAGUCAAACAUUGAGACACUUGAGAAUAUGCUAAAACAACAAGGCAAAGAUGUAGGAAUACAUAGUCAUAUGGACGUAGAGGAUUAUGAUAUUUGGAAAAAUUUGAAAGAAGAGCGCGUUGAUCUUCAAAAGCCACCCGUAGCAGCAGACGAGGAAAGAAGAUCCUCUAAAACGAAACGACCAAUUCAUAUUUAAAGUCGAUUUUUUCGGGAGGUUUAAAACAUGACCGUAUGAAUAUUUGAUCUCUUUAUUCAUUUUUUUAAAGU